AUGCUUCCUCUCUCCAUUUCCUAUCCCGUUCAUCCCGAUUGUCGUCCUGGUGAAUACUGCUCAGCAAAAACUCUGCAAUGUGUGUUACUCACGCUUCAUCCUAAAUGGAAUAGUAAUUGUUCGAGGAAUGAAGUGGUUCCAUCGAAUAAGGUGUGUGGAGAAUUCACUCCUCCCAUAUCCACUACUCCUUAUUCCUCAUCAAAUCCAUCAUCCUCUCGAGAAACUCUAUUGAAACAACAAGUCGAAAACUCGUAUCAACAAAAUGUCUUACAAUGUAUUCAUCAUAAAUGUCGACAAUGUGAAGAGCAAUCGAGAAAUUUCUCAAAUGGAAUGAUUUGUGUGAAUGGAAUGUGGCAAUUUGAACGCUAUUCCAAUUCGAUUGUCGAUUCAUAUUAUGAUUUGGUGUUUAAACGAGAUGCUACAAGUAUCGUAUUGGUCGUGAGUAUGGUAAUAUUCGUAUUUACAACGGUGGUUUCUGUCAGUAUUGACAUGACUCGAAUCAUACAGAGAAAGAGACAAGUGGCAGAGCUUGAAAUGGAAAUGGCUUCCAACGAAGAGUUUAUGGAAUACUAUUCACAAAUCAUGGAAAAGGAGAGAAGUAAGAGAGCCAAGAAGAUGAAAGAGAGAAUGAAAGCUUUGAAUGGAAAUAUCAUGUCGAGUAGUGAUGACGAUGAAGAUGACCACCAUGAAUCCAGUCAUGAAGAAGAUGAAGGCGUAUCGAAAGAACCUUCUACUCCACUCCAGAGUCGUAUUGCAAGCAAAACUCAAAUCCAUUCUUCAGUGGCAACCAACAACGAAGAAGGAACAAUGGCGAUGGUUGAGGAAGAUCAUUCCUCACAACCAAGGGUUGCUCAAACAUCUGAUUCGAGAUCGACUCGUGAAAACUCGAAUUCUACAAAUGUACAAAGACCUCUUCCUUUAACUCCAAUUCAAAGAGGACAUCAAAAAUCACUUCAGAAAGCCAUCGAACGUUCACGACUGUCAGUGCAAGGCCAACAAAAUGAACAAUCUACAAGGAAAGAGGAAUUCGAUCGAAAUAGAUCUACAGUAGCAACAACUAGUUCACAACAACAACAACCACGAAGGUCAAGACCUCUUCCCUCCACAACCAACAUGAAUAUCAUGGUGAAGCCUUCAUCCAUCUCUCACCACUCAGACAGUGAUGAGUACUGA